UAUAAUUUCUGAUAUCAUGUAAAACCAGACAGAAACGACACCGUUUUGGAACUUGGAGAGAGAAAGGCGAGGAAGAAGAUCAAUAAUUAAAUAAAAUGGAAAUUGCUAGAAUUAGCGAAUUGUUGCUCCUCUGGUGUAGAAUCCGAAGUAAUCGUGUUGCUCUCGUGGGUGGAAAUCACACCGCUUCCAGAUUUUGUACCCGCUAAAAUUCCACCUUCCCCGCGCUUUUUUUUUUGUUUUUUGUAAUUUUUUUUUUGAAUUUUGUUUCUGUUGUUUUCUCUCUCUAGAACUUUCUCUCUCUCUUUCACAAUUGAUUUCUCGUGACAUUUCCGGCGGCAAUUCUUUCCUUGUUUUCUGGAGAUGGAAAAUUUGGGUCGUGCGUUAAGAUCCAACAAGGGCGAGUACGAUGAGGAGGCGAGUGAAUCGAACUCGCCUGCCGUUUUGGUUAUCAAUCUGCCCGAUUCACGCGCUCUGCGCGUGAUGUCACUUUCGCUUUUCCUAACUGUGCUUUUUCUGGCACUGCCUUCGCUCCGAUCUACGUCUACUUCUCUGAUGAUCAGAGCUUCUAUGUUCAAACCCGCCGCCGCAGAUCGAGAUGCCGCCGCCGGCGACGGGUUCAAAAUUCUGCCGAUUCUCCUCCGCGACUUGGUGGAGGAGGGCCUCGUCAAGAAAGGCCACCGUGGCCUUGUCAUCGGCGCCACCGCCGCCGACAUGGAAGAGGACUUCGAGUUCCUAAGAGACGCCGGCGUCGAUCUGCUCGCGCAGGAGGAGACGAACGCGGACGCACACCACGUGUUUGAUUUUGUGUUCACAAGAAAUUUCAACAGUAUG